AUGAUUGAAGAUAAACUAGAAGUUACAUGCUUUAUUAAAGAUUAUAAUUUGUUUUAAAAUUUAAAAAAAAAUAAAAAUAACUAAUUUUUAUUGAAAAUAAAUAGGAGCUUAUCUAAAAAUAAAAUGACUGAAGAUAAACAAAAAAUUUUUAAUUCUAACAUUUCAAGUUUAACUUAAUUGACAAUAGGAUAAAGCUGCAAAUUAAUCUGUUUUGAAGAACUUCAAUAACUUUAAGAAUUAAAGAAUGGAAUUUGUCUGAAAUAAUUGUCUUUAAACUUAUCAUCAAAAUCGAUUGGUGUGGAAUAUGCUAUUUAAAUCGCCUCAUAUAUUUCAUCAUUAGAAAAUCUUUCUGAACUUAAGAUUAACUUAUCUACAAAUUAGAUUGAGUCACAAGGAGCUAAGGCAUUUGGAGAAUCUUUACAAAAAUUUUAAAACCUUAAAUAACUUUGCUUAUAUGUAAGCUUUAAUCAAAUAAAGAGUGAAGGUUUGGCAAGUAUUGCAGAAGGGAUCUCUAAAAUGAAAAGUUUAGAAUAAUUAACUCUCUCAGCUAACUAAAAUUAGAUUAAAGAAUUUUAUUAGUUAGGAAAUUCUAUUGAAAAAUUAGCAAAUAUAAAUUUUUUGCAUCUUUCACUUGCUUAGAAUUCGAUUAACAGCGAAGGUAUUUAGCAAUUAUGUAAGGGCAUUUCAAAAUGUUCUCAUAUAAAGUCUUUAAUACUCUAAUUAUAAAAUAACGCUUUAGCUGAUGAAGGAAUUUUAAAUUUAUCUAAUUGGUUGUAAAAAUGCCAAAAAAUUGUGCAUUUAAACCUUGAUUUAACUAAUAAUUCAGUUAAUGAAUAAGGAGCCCUACAUUUGGCUAACUUAAUAUAAGAAUUAAAGUGCCUCACUCAUUUAAGCAUCAAUUUAUAGUAAAGAAAUUUCAAAACUAUUUUAUUAAUUUUUUUUAAGAAUUAAUAAAAUUCAGCAUAAUGGUCUUUUAUACUUGAUUGGAAGUAUUAGCAAAAUUAAAAUGUAAUUGAUUAACUUAUCUCUGAAUUUAUAUAAUAACCAAAUCUCUAUAUAAGGAAUCCAUAACUUAUUUUUAUAAAUUUCGCAAUACAACAAACUUAAAUAACUAGAUUUAAAUUUAGAAAAAAAUUAGAGUCAGAUAUAAAAUAUCUAAUUUAGUUUUAAAAACUUAGAGUAGUUAUAAUUUCUCAAAUUAAAUAUUUUGUAAAACGGAUUUAGCAUAUACUUUAAAAAGAAAUUUAUUAGCCUUUGUUUUCUUCAUUGUAAAAGAUUAGUACAAAUUUAAUUACAAAAAUGAAAGCUAGACAUCAUAUUACUUAAAAUGCUAAAUAAAAUUUUUACUUAUUUAAUUCCAUAUGUAUAUUGAAAAAAAUAUUUAUUAACACACAAAAUAUCUUUUAUUUUUUAUUUAAUCUACUUUUUCAAAUUUCAGAAGAAAUUAUAAUUUAAGAAGUAAUCAAAAUUUCUUAUUACUUAAUAAAAUCUAAAUAAGUAAUUAAAUCUAUUUAUUAAUUUUAAUGGAUAACUUAUUAAGAGGGUUAAAGAUAAUAAAGUUAUUUAAAUCUAAGUUUUUUUUAAUUAUUUAAAAACCAACAUUUUUUUCAAAAUAAUUAUUUUUUUAUAUUCCUUACUCCCACAAUUUAUAAUAUUAUGAUUAUUAUUCCUCUCACUAAAUUCUAUUAAAAUAUACAUAUAAUGUGA